GUUGAGCUAAAAGUUUGAGGCCAGAGGCAGCGAGGAGGCCGUGGAGUCAGCGUUAGUCCGGCGCUCCGGUCGUCGCUCAGACGUGAGGCUGAGCCCGGGACGAGCCGAGUUCCGCCCUAGGCCACUGUAGGGAACGGAGGUGGCGCCUCCCCAGCAAACCGGACCGACUGGGUAGGGCCGCCCGCCCUGCCUUCUCGCCGCUCGUGGCUCCUGGGCGCCCACUCGGCGCUCGGCUGAGGGAGGCGACGGCCGGCCGCGGGGCUCGGGCUCGGCCCUCGCGCGACCCCGGCGCGGCUCCCACGAGCAAGGCGCGCGUCCGGGCAGCGUCGCGGGGCCUCGGGAGGCGCGCGCGGCGACCCCCGCCGCUCUGGAGCUCGCGGUUGUGGCCCCGGCCCGCCGGGGUGGCUCGGGGCGGCGAUCGCUCGCGCCCAACUUCGCGCCCCGCGAUGCCCGCUCACGUUCUGGGAUUUUUACGCAACUGGACUCCCCUCCCUCUGGCAGUCCCCGGGGGGUGAGGAGCUGGUGCGACCGAGAGAGCCACGGGGCUGUGCCUCAUCGUCGGGCCGGAACCCGAGGCCCCCAGAGAGGAGAGUCCCCAGGAAGAGAGACCCUUCGCCUCUGAGAGUGGAGGGGCGGGGGGGGGGGGCUCAGUUCUAGGACGGGAGCGCCCUUGGUGGCGCCAGACCUCGGCUCUCUGGACCUCUCGGAGGACUAGGCGAUGCCAGAGAGCGCGGCUCCCCGCGCGCGGCCCGAGGAUCUAGCUGGGCGCUGCCCAUCUCUGGGGGCCGCCCGGGACUCCGCCAGCGCUGUCUCCUCUCCCUCAGAUCCCGCAGCCGCAGGGGAUGACGCCGGUACCUCCGCGGCCCCGAUUCCGGGCGGGAAGGGCGAGCCCCUCAGCCCGCACCGCGUCGCCCGCCUGGGCGGCACCGAUAAGGAGCUGAAGGCAGGAGCCGCCGCCGCGGGCAGCCCCCCAACAGCGCUGGGGACGCCCUGGCAGCGGGAGCCGCGGGACGAGGUUAUGGAUCCAGCGGGCGGCGGCGGGAGCCUGCUGCCCGAGCGGUGCCGCGUGCUGGUCCUGUUAAACCCGCGCGGAGGCAAGGGCAAGGCGCUGCAGCUCUUCUGGAGCCACGUGCAGCCCCUGCUGGCCCAGGCCGGCAUCUCCUUCACGCUGAUGCUCACCGAGCGUCGGAACCACGCUCGGGAGCUGGUGCAGGGGUUGGAGCUGGGGCGCUGGGACGCGCUGGUGGUCAUGUCUGGAGACGGGCUGAUGUACGAGGUGGUGAACGGGCUCAUGGAGCGGCCCGACUGGGAGACUGCCAUCCGGAAGCCCCUGUGUAGCCUCCCAGCUGGCUCCGGCAACGCACUGGCAGCUUCUUUGAACCAUUAUGCCGGCUAUGAGCAGGUGACUAACGAGGACCUCUUGACCAACUGCACCCUGCUGCUGUGCCGCCGGCUGCUGGAGCCCAUGAACCUCCUGUCACUGCAGACCGCCUCGGGGCUGCGCCUCUUCUCCGUGCUUAGCCUGUCUUGGGGCUUCAUCGCCGAUGUGGACCUGGAGAGCGAGAAGUUUCGGCGCCUCGGGGAGCUCCGCUUCACCCUGGGCACCUUUCUGCGCCUGGCGGCGCUGCGCGUGUACCGGGGCCGACUGGCCUACCUGCCCGCAGGAAGGGGGGUCCCCGGGGUGCCCGCCUCCCCUGCAGCGGACCGGCAGGACCGGCAGGGCCCUACGGACGCGCACCUCGUGCCCCUGGAGGAGCCGGUGCCCGCGCACUGGACGGUGGUGCCAGAGCAGGACUUCGUGCUGGUGCUGGCGUUGCUGCACUCGCACCUGGGCAGCGAGAUGUUCGCUGCCCCGAUGGGCCGCUCUGCCGCCGGCACCAUGCACCUGUUCUACGUGCGGGCGGGCGUGUCUCGGGCCACGCUGCUGCGCCUCUUCCUGGCCAUGGAGAAGGGGAGGCACUUGGAGCAGGCCUGUCCCUACUUGGUGUACGCGCCCGUGGUCGCCUUCCGCCUGGAGCCCAAGGAUGGAAAGGGUGUGUUUGCCGCCGACGGGGAGUUGGUGGUCAGCGAGGCUGUGCAGGGCCAGGUGCAUGCGGACUACAUCUGGAUGGUCAGUGGCUGCGUGGGGCCCCCACCCGGCCAGAAGCCUCGGCGGGGAUCACCUCCAGAGAAGCCCUCAUGACUCCACGGGCCUUGUCGUGCCUUAGCCUGCUCGGUCGACUCCGAGCUCAGGAUCCCCUCCCCCUCCCCCAGGACCGGAGGGCCUGGCCCCAGCUCGUGCGGUGGUGGGGAGGAGGAGAAAGCGGACCCCUGGAGAAGGUGGGAAGGCGGAGGACGUGCUUUGGAAGGCCGGGCUCUGCCUCCCAAAGGCCAGAAUGAGGCUCUGGGCCAGGAGUCCAGCCGGUUGCCCCCUGCCCCUGCCCGUGGGAGCCAGUCCCGUUUUGUCCUGGGAGCCCCACCCCAUGAGUCAAAAUACAAAUAAAGUGACCCUCCCAGCCUA